AUGGAGGAUUCGAUCGAGCUUGUCGCUGCCGAAGCGGAUGGCCCGCUAUCCAGAGAAUCACGUCUCAAAACAGGAUGCUUACCGUGGGACGGUAACAAAUGUUUCCUGAGGCUCUUUGUCAAAAGGACCGCUGAGGACCGCCGAUACUUGCUUUCUGCUUUCUGCCCUGCAACCAUCGCUUCGCUAACUGUUGAAGCCAAGGCGGUUUGGCUAGCUGACUUGAAUGGCACGCGUGUAAUCAUCAAAUGCUGGAAACCUAAACUAGAAGAGUUAUUUGACUCGGAAGCCGCAGUUUACAAUCGCAUUUGGUCACAACAACCCUCCGGGACUCUUGUUUUGGACCCGGUCAACUCCUUACGACGCCAGCGGCCCCGCUACGUCUCGACUAUACGACAGUCCAUUACCAUCAGCCCAGCAGUAGCUUUGACUACCUCAGACAAUCCUUUUUGGCAGCCACGAGCGAUCUUCGACCUCCUCUGGCACGGACAGCCCGCAAUGGCUAAGUGUUGGACGCCGUCCGAAUUUCAAAGCCAUUUGAACGAGAUGAUCACCUACCAAAUUCUCCGCGAGAAGCGCCCUAAGAGGUAUUCUUUCUUCCCUUCACCCUAUGCCGCAGGUGUGAUCCGCUGUUCGUCUGUAUUCUUAUAUGGCUACAUCUUAGUCCUCGCUAAAAAAGAGUUCGUCUAUCAGCAAGUUUUGGCUGCUGUUAAGGUUCUUCGAGCUGUGGGAAUUGUCUGGGUGGACCUGGUGCACAUAAUGUGCUUUAACACGAGGACGACAAUGAGCCUUCUGUGUCUGUGGUAG